AUGUCACAGCCACGACAACAAGCUCCACAACAGCAGCAGCAACAGCAGCAGUCUCAAAAUGCGACAAGUAUCAGCCGAGCCACCACUCCAGCAACCAUAGAGUCAACUGAGUCAUCAUCGCCAUUACCAUCAACUAAUCAAACAUUGCCUUCGUCGUUAAACCCUGACCAACUACCUACUUCACCAGUAUCCAUAUCAUCAUCAACAUCGUCAUCAUCGCUGUCUGCUAAAGCAGUUAGUGUCUCUAGCUCAAUAACCAACUCACCAACACCAUUCAACCCACUACCGACAAGAUCAAUAAAUUUUGCUGCAUUGAACUCAAAGAUACAACAGAAGCAGCACCAUUCACACCCCCACCCACAUGUAAAUACCCAAUUUCCAGCACGUAACCUGCCAUCAAGUCUGGUUCCGACUCAAACUUCAACACCUAAUACUAUGUCUCCUACUCAUUCCUCACUACCGUCUAGACUGCAAUCACCAAUUGUUCCACCUUUGCACGAUUUGGUCAAUGAUUGCUUUCUUUUAACCAUUGACAAAUUACAAGAUGAUACACGAGCGUUUAUUGCCAACUCAUUCCAUCAAUGUGUUGCCAAACAACAUUGUGAGGAAAAUUUAGAGUUUUUGAUUGAUAUCUAUCGUUAUGAAUAUGAGUACAACUUGAAGGUGCUCACAUCGUCAUUGAACAAUGCCAGUAACUCGACUACCGCUUCCACCACUAACCCACCUUCUUUGUCUACUUCACUCAACUCAAAAGCUGUCAUUAACGGAUUCAAUCAUGAAGAAGCCACCUCUAUGGCAAAGAUGAAAUUAAAUGCUCCAAGUCCUUGUAUAACGCCCACCACUCAUGGCGCCAGUACUGCUUCGUUAUUUAGACGUCAUCAAAAGACUUCAUCGGUAGCUUCAUUUGAAUCACUCAAAAAGAAACAUUCAAUAAGGUCAGAGGAAUUGGAUCCACAACAAGCAUUUGUCUCCACUAUUGAUGAUUUGGAUUUGAAUGCACCUUGGGAUUCAUUUGGUGAACUGCACGUUGGUGAAGACGAAGAAUAUAGCGAUGAUGAAGAAGAUGAGGAGCAACCGAAUACUCAAGAUGUUGCUGAACUUCUUGCUAAAAAAGAUUUACAACAGUUGAAUGAACGUUGGUUAUUCAUAAUGAACAACUACAUCAAACAUGAUUCACCAUCGCAAAUAAAUAUUUCUCAGAAAUUGUUUAAAGAGAUUGUUCAAGAAUCAUCAGUUUGUAAAUUACAUGAUCCCAUCAUUUUACUCAAAGCUAGAAACGAAGUGUUGCAGAUUUUGAAAGAAAAUUGUUAUAGUUCAUUUGCUAGUAAAUUCAAGAAACAAAUGGCACAACCUUGUGGUGGGCAAGAAGGCGUAUGUUGUUCAUGUGGAAUGGAGGAGAACAAAGCGGGUAAUUAUAGAGCUCUUAGCCCAAGCAUGAAUAACAACAACGAUAGCAUGUUGACCUUGGAAGGGAUCGUGACUGGUGAUUCAACUGCUACUACAACUUCGUGUAAUGAAUGUCGAGAGAUCCCAUCAUCUAGUACCACUUCUACCAUGACUACUUCAUCAAUGUUUACACCAGGAGCAGACAAACUGCAACAACCACAUAGACACCACCAUUUAUACCACCACCACCAUUAUCAUCAUCAUCAUUCAAGGAACCAAGACUCUCCAAACAUGUCAUCUUCUUCCUCAAUUGCUGCAUCUUUAUUGGGUAAAUUAUCAUUACCUAAAAGAUCAAAGACUGUCAAGCACCCAGAUCCACAAGUACAACAACAAAAUGGCAAUAUUACGUCUCCGCUAUAUGGCGAAUUGAGUCCACCUUCGUCAAAUUCAUCAUCGAUGCUGAAUAUCUUUGGCAAUGCUAAGUUUGCACUUGGCAGUAGUGGUGCUGGAGCCGGUGGAGAUGCAUCACCAUCUCCUAGUUCAGUGGCUAGUUCAACUAGAGGAAUACCGAUUUCAUCACCAUCAGUGAGAAAACAACAACCAGCAACCAUACAACAGACACCAACGGCAAUGGUAACCCCGGCACAAGGUACAACUAAUGCAUCAACAUCUGCCACUCCAUUACAGGCUCAGUCAUUGCCCAUCCCUCGAUCAUCCAAUGGCAGUCCCAUCUCAUUGAAUUCAGUAGUUAGCAAUGCGCAAAAAGAUCGUGAUCGUGAUCGUGAUCGUGAAGGCGGACCACCAGUUAGUAGUACUGGCUCAUUGAGUUCAUCAUUGAAGUUUUGGAAGAGGAAGUAG